GAGAUGGACAGAACCCUGGAAUCUCUGAGACACAUCAUUGCCCAAGCCUUGCCUCACAGAGACCCGGCUCUGGUCUUCAAAGAUUUGAACGUGGUGUCAAUGCUACAGGAAUUCUGGGAAAGCAAGCAGCAGCAGGGGGCUGCAUUUCCAAGUGAAGGCGUGGUGGUCUAUGAGUCACUGCCGUCUUCUGGGCCUCCCUUUGUGAGUUACGUGACCCUCCCAGGGGGGAGCUGCUUUGGCAAUUUUCAGUGUUGCUUAAGUAGAGCUGAGGCCAGACGAGACGCAGCCAAAGUGGCCCUAAUCAACUCCCUCUUCAACGAGCUGCCCUCUCGCAGGAUCACCAAGGAGUUCAUUAUGGAAAGUGUCCAGGAAGCCGUGGCUUCCACCAGCGGCACUUUAGAUGACGCGGACGAUCCUGGCACGAGUAUUGGAGCCUAUCACUACAUGCUGGAGACAAACAUGGGGAAGACCAUGCUGGAGUUUCAGGAGCUGAUGACCAUUUUCCAGCUGUUGCACUGGAACGGAAGCCUGAAGGCCCUUCGUGAAACGAAGUGCUCCCGACAGGAAGUCAUCUCCUACUAUUCCCAGUACUCCCUGGAUGAAAAGAUGCGCAGCCACAUGGCCCUGGACUGGAUCAUGAAGGAGCGGGAGUCACCAGGAGUUCUCUCCCAGGAGCUGCGAAUAGCCCUGAGGCAGUUGGAAGAAGCCAGGAAAGCUGGACAAGAGCUGCGGUUUUACAAAGAAAAGAAAGAAAUCCUGAGUUUAGCCCUGACUCAGACCUACAGCGACCCUGACACGUCCUCGCCCAGUGAUGACCAGCUGAGCCUCACGGCCUUGUGUGGCUAUCAUUAACAAGGCCAGGUCCCAGGGGCCCACAAGGAUGUCAGAGGCCAGACCCUAUUAUUAGGCAGCUCAUUGGAGGGCCUCAGAGGCACUGGCCUAGAUAGCUACUACCUGCAGAUAGACAAAUCCUCCCCACCCCUUCUUCCCACAGAACAGGACAGUGGCUGGUCUCUUACCAGGCCCAGCAUCCCACUCAGUGCAUUUUCUUCCAUCACACUCUCAGUAUCUCCACCUCAGGUUGGAAGGAUGCAGACAGAACAAUGUGAAAAAGUUUGCCAGCCUGGUUUCCAUCUAAAGCCUGGCGACAUGUGCCUUGCUAGAUUAUAUAGAGUGUUUCGAAGAAUGGGCCAGGAUAGCAACCCUCAAAAAGCAGCAGCCAGGA